AGUAUGAGUUUGUGGACAAAAAUUUUUACAAGUGAAAGUGCUUUCUAGAUUAGAAGUGAACUUUUGAUGGAUUAUUGAAUUGACCUAACUGGUCCUCGCUGAAUUCAUUAAACAUAGCCAAACCUUACACUAAUUUUACAGUUUUGUGAAAAUUAAUUUUGAACAGAAUUCAUUCUGCUCGUGAAAUUGAUUUUUGUUGCCCUACCCACUGGUUUUCACAAUUGUCAUUCUCACAUGUCAGUGUUCUUAUAAAGUGUGCAUUGUGCGUUCAUUUGUUUUUCACUGCAUACCUAUGGAAGAUAAACAAGUGAGCCAGCUGUUUGUGUUGCCGGUAAAAACUAACCAUUAUAUCACUUAAUUUGGUUAGAAUGUUUAAAGCUAUUAUCAAGUCAAAAAAUUUAAUUCCGUCAAGUUCUCAGCAUCAAGUCAAGUCAAAAAUUUUACCUCCCAUAUCAUUCAAUUCAAAAGUUUCAUCUCUUAAUUUUUCAUUUUCUAGUCUUCAUUUUAUCAUGAAUCUAUUAGCUUUCAAAUACUUAUUAACUUUGUACUUCUUUCUCAAUGCCUUCAUCAAUUUUUGUUCUGGUCGCCGAAGAAACAUUAAAAAAGACGAGGGCGCAGAUGUUAUGAUCAGUUGUAACGUCGAUAUAAGUCAAGAGGAUGAUAUUGAUUUAUCUGUAGUUUGGAAAAAAGACGAUGUGACUCUCAAGCUUCACGAUAAUCCUCAUUAUUACUACCAUUCCAACAACGCUAGCUUAGUAAUAAAACAAAUCACAGUCAAUGAUAUUGGCUCCUAUCAGUGUUUUGCGGAUACUGAUUCUGGUCCAAUAGGUGAACCAACUCAUUUGCAAGUCAAAGAAAAACUCAAGUUCGUUGAUCCUCAAAUUGAUAAGAAACUCGAGUUAAGUUCGGUCUCGAAACUUUCUUGUAAAACAAGAGGACAUUUGACACCAACAGUAUAUUGGGAAAAAAAUGGCUUGAAGCGACUUCCUGGCCAUAUUACACAAAAGAAUGGAACCUUAAUAUUCAAUGGUGUUCUUUCGACGGAUGCAGGAAAAUACACAUGUUUUGCCAGUGAUUCAGUCACCUCUAUCCAAACAACUGUUAAUGUUGAAGUUGGUCGAGCUCCCAAAUUCACUCACACACCACCAAAGCAAUUAGAAGUAACCUCUGGAUCAACGGUUCUACUUGAAUGUAGAGCCGAGGGUGAUCCAUUGCCUAUCAUUCACUGGGACAAAAAUAAAAUGCGAGAUUUCACCGAUGACCGGGUUAAAACAUUUCCUAAUGGUUCAUUGGUAAUUUUUGAUGCUACACCCAUUGAUCAAGCCAGAUAUGGUUGCAUUGCAGGCAACUUGAAAGGUUUCGAACGAGCUGAGGUUGAUCUUGUUGUCAAAAUAUCAGAGCUUUCUGAACAUGAAUCGGAAGCAAGAAUGACUAAAACCAUGAUGAUCACUGUCGGUGGAGUUACACUUUAUAUGGUUUUAGUUAUAGUUUUGGUAAUUUGGUACCGUGUUAGAAAUGAAAGGAGAAAAGCUGCAGCUUUAAUUUAUAGUCAAAAUGGAAGCAAACCAGACAUUUCGGGGCUAGAAAUGAAAGAAAGGUCGAUUAAACUCAAAGCUGAUCCUGAUACUCAAAGCACGGAAGAUGUUAGAGAAAGCUUGAAGAACAGCAUAGAAUAAACAAAUAAUUCCCAUUCUUUCGAGUCAUUGACAAAUUCAUCAACAAUAAUUCUGUUAAAAUUGCCAAAUAUAGAAAGCUUUUACUCACGUUAGAUCGUUUCAUUUGGAGAGUUGCUGCUUCGACCUGAUGAUACUUCAGAAUCUGGAGUCUCAUUGCUAAUAAUCCAACUGCCGUGAUCUUAUUCAAUUUUUAUACCUCUUCCUUGGUGCUAACUGCUUAACAAAACUGUUUAAAUUAACUUUCUAAACGAUGAAAACCAAAGGCCAUGCGAUAUCGGUGAACGAUUAGUUUAAUUAGUUAACAAUGAUCAACUUAAAUACAGUUUAUUAUUCAAGACACGCCAUCUUACAGACUUUUCGAUUUAUUUUAUUUAGAUAUCCUGUAAAUUCCAUCUACCAAUUUUCACAAGCUCAAUUUUCAAAUUGUAAUUUUUGAUGAACAAUUUUUUUAAUCAAACUGUA